UUAUGCUUUACCGGUUGCAGUGACUGGUCCGCGGAGCAGCAUCCUUAGACCAGCGCAACAAUGGAAUUAGCUUCCCAGUAGCUGAGGAUGAGCAACUAUAGGUGUUCAAUGGGAGGUCCUGACUGGGACAGGGAACAGUGAAGGGACAGCAUCGGCAUACUUUGGUCGAUCGAUCGUACUCCGCAUUGCUUCUGACUGAACGUGCUGUUAUUUUUUAAUAUACACACUACUUCGGUCGUCGUCACAUCAGUAAAUCCGCGUUCCCGAGAAAAAAACAGACAUGGCUUUCGUCGGACUGAGGGCUACUUAUCACAGGACCCUGGACAAGAUCGAGCACAUGCUACCGGCUAAACUGAGACCCUUCUACAACCACCCAGCAGGGCCUAGGACUGUGUUUUUCUGGGCUCCGGUCUGCAAAUGGGGCUUGGUUAUGGCCGGCCUGGCAGAUAUGACUCGGCCUGCGGAGAAACUCAGCGCGUCCCAGUCUGCAGUCCUGACCGCAACAGGAUUCAUUUGGUCCCGCUACUCACUGGUCAUCAUUCCCAAGAACUGGUUCCUCUUUGCUGUCAAUUUCUUUGUGGGAGCUGCGGGCAGUUCCCAGCUCUUCAGAAUCUGGAGGUAUAAUCAGCAGCUGAACAGGACGGGGCAGAAUGUGUCAUAAGCUCUGCACUCAACGUGUUUGAUCCUACAGCCUGAAAGGAAUUUCUCGGCAAGUGGAGGAGGGGGUCGCGAUCAAGGCCCUCCCCCAAAGCUAAUCUUUCCAAGAUAAAAUUCAUUAAAUUGAGAUUAUAUAAUUUAUCAGGGUUUGAGGAAAACACCAGUGUUCUUGAUAGUUCUGUAAAUGUUCUUAAAUAUGAAGCAGUCAGCAGUGCACCAGUUUUAAAAAAGUGUUUUUGACCAUAUGUCUUUGUAUGAUUAUUGUUUUAAUUUUAAUUGUUAAUUUUUAGCAUUUGUCACCAGCUCUGUUCCAUUGAUGAAAUUUCUAGUUUGACUCUGUAAGGCAGUGUUUCCCAACCCAGUCCUCGGGGAACCGGACAGUCCACGUUUUUGCUCCCUCCCAGCUCCCAGCCCCCAGCCAAUCAGGAACACGGAAUACCUGGUACAGGCGCGCUGGGAGCUGAGAGGAAGCAAAAACGUGGACUCCCGGGGUUCCCCGAGUACUGGGUUGGGACUCGCUACUGUAAGGAAUGUCUCCUAAUAAAUGCAAUACUUGAGAUUGA